ACUGAAUCAAAGUUAGCCGCCGCCGUCGUCACGUUAAACCUUUCAUCUCUUUCUCUCUAUCUCUCUCUCGACCUCUCCUGCAAUGGCGUCUUCGCUUCUGAGAAACCCUAAUCUCUACUCAUCAACAACAAUCACCACCACUCCUUUUCUUCCCACCUUCUCCUCUAAACCCACACCUGUCUCCUCCUUCCGUUUCCAACCAUCCCACCACCGUUCAAUCUCCCUCCGAAGUCAAACCCUCCGUCUCUCAUGUUCAAUCUCAGAUCCUUCUCCGCUACCACCUCACACUCCUCGCCGCCGCCGCCCUGAAUACAUCCCCAACCGCAUUUCCGAUCCAAACUACGUCCGUAUCUUCGAUACCACUCUCCGUGACGGUGAACAAUCUCCAGGCGCUACACUCACUUCCAAGGAAAAGCUCGACAUCGCUCGUCAGCUAGCUAAACUCGGUGUUGACAUUAUCGAAGCUGGGUUUCCUGCUGCUUCUAAGGAUGAUUUUGAAGCGGUCAAGACUAUAGCUGAAACAAUUGGAAACACUGUUGAUGAGAAUGGUUAUGUUCCUGUUAUCUGUGGACUCUCUAGAUGCAAUAAGAAGGAUAUUGAGAGGGCUUGGGAUGCUGUUAAGUACGCUAAACGGCCUAGAAUUCAUACUUUUAUCGCUACGAGUGAUAUUCAUUUGGAGCAUAAACUGAAGAAAACCAAAGCAGAGGUUAUCGAAAUCGCUAGGAAUAUGGUUAGAUUCGCGAGAAGCUUGGGUUGCGACGAUGUCGAGUUCAGUCCUGAAGAUGCAGGAAGAUCGGAGAGAGAGUACUUAUACGAGAUUCUUGGUGAAGUGAUUAAAGCAGGAGCAACUACACUUAAUAUACCUGAUACUGUUGGUAUAACUUUGCCUAGUGAGUUUGGUCAAUUGAUUACUGAUUUAAAGGCCAAUACUCCAGGGAUUGAAAAUGUUGUCAUCUCAACACAUUGUCAGAAUGAUCUUGGACUCUCUACGGCCAACACUUUAUCUGGGGCACAUGCAGGUGCCAGGCAGGUGGAAGUGACCAUCAAUGGAAUCGGUGAAAGAGCUGGAAAUGCUUCACUGGAAGAGGUUGUGAUGGCCAUAAAAUGCCGUGGAGAUCAUGUAUUAGGAGGUCUAUUUACUGGAAUUGAUACUCGGCACAUUGUUAUGACAAGCAAGAUGGUGGAGGAGUACACUGGAAUGCAGACACAACCCCAUAAGGCUAUUGUCGGAGCGAAUGCCUUCGCGCAUGAAAGUGGUAUUCAUCAGGAUGGAAUGCUAAAACACAAGGGUACAUAUGAAAUUAUAUGUCCCGAAGAAAUUGGACUUGAACGAUCAAAUGAUGCUGGCAUUGUCUUGGGGAAGCUUAGUGGGCGUCAUGCGCUGAAAGACCGUUUGACUGAGCUUGGUUAUCAAUUAGAUGAUGAACAGCUAAGUACCAUUUUCUGGCGUUUCAAAACUGUGGCUGAGCAGAAAAAGAGAGUUACCGAUGCGGACAUAAUAGCUUUAGUAUCUGAUGAAGUUUUCCAGCCAGAAGCCGUGUGGAAACUCCUGGACAUUCAGAUAACUUGUGGAACUCUCGGGCUUUCAACAGCAACUGUAAAACUUGCUGACGCUGAUGGCAAAGAACAUGUCGCUUGUUCCAUUGGAACUGGGCCUGUCGAUUCAGCUUACAAGGCAGUCGAUCUUAUCGUAAAGGAACCUGCGACUCUGCUUGAGUACUCAAUGAAUGCAGUAACAGAAGGGAUCGAUGCCAUCGCAACCACACGAGUUCUUAUCCGUGGAAGCAACAAGUACUCAUCUACAAAUGCAAUAACUGGUGAAGAGGUUCAAAGGACCUUUAGUGGAACUGGAGCAGGAAUGGAUAUUGUGGUGUCAAGCGUCAAAGCUUAUAUUUCCGGAUUAACGAAUAAAAUGUCUGAGGUACGAACAGGGUUGCUAACAAUGGCGACCAUAAUCCUCAUUUGCAUAGGCUUAACCAUGACGGGAACAGGUUUAUAUUACAGGAAAACAGUCUCACAAUGUAUCCGAGAAACGGAUGGCAGUUUCGUUGUCCUUGGUUUGCUCUUGCUGGUGAUUCCUCAGUUUGCUCUUUACGCAAUCUGUUGUCGCUCCAAACGUAUGUUCACAAUUUACAUAUAUGCAAUGAUAUUCGUCUGCGUUGUCCUUGGUGGCUAUUCUUUAAAGUGUUUCAUCUACAAUACAACCUUUGGAAUCGCCAAGAACCCGGCUGAGGAAAAGCGAACCGCCAAGCAACUGGUUGGCCGGCUAGUGCCUGAAAGUAAACUUGCAAGAGUCACAGACUGCAUCAUUCAUAACCAUGAUUGUAACUUCAAUGCCAGCCAAAACAGCAAUGUUUGGAGGUAUUGCUGCGCGCAACCGAGAGGAUGUGGAGUGACGACAAUGUUCGGGCAACCAGGAGAAUGGAGCUGGAAACAUCAACACGUAGAGAACCAUGUUCCUGAAGAAUGUUCUUACGAAUACUGUCUCAGUUGCAGAGGUUGCCAGCUGAGCAUCUUAAAAGCAAUUGUUCAUCAAUGGAAAUAUCUCUCCAUGUUCUCUUAUCCUUCCCUCUUUCUCGUUUGUCUCAGCCUCGCCAUUGCCAGGUCCAUUAAGGACACUUUUGAUGAACCUGAUGAUUAUAGAGGCUAUUAUACUUGAUUUCAUUUUUCCAUAUCAAAUGUACAUGAUAUGUAAUUCUAGUUUUUAAUUAGUUUCUUUCAUUAUUAUCACCUUUUUUUUUUAAAUCUUAACGAUGGAGGAAGAGUCUUUUAAAGUACAAACUCGGAUACAAAAAUAUGUUUGGUAGAGCUAUCAUUAUAAACUAGAUCAUCACCC